AUGUCGCAGAUACCACUUAAUGCAGCAGCUUCCAAUGGCGACAACAACCGCCAACUCACCACCUCACUCCCUCCAGAUGUAGUGCAAUGCCUCGAGAACGCUCGCUUCCUUCAUCUCGCGACCUGCACCGACAACAUCCCCACCGUCUCCCUCAUGAACUACACCUACCUCCCCUCCUCGGCCUUCUCUUCCUCCCCGGUCAUCAUCAUGACCACCAACCCAGCCUCCAGGAAGAUGGCCAACCUGCGCACGAACCCCCACGUCUCCCUCCUCGUGCACGACUGGGUCUCCCACCGGCCCCCGACCACCAGCUCCCGCCGCCUGUCCUCCUCCUCCGGCGGCGGCGGCUCCCCUCCAGCCGCCCACCGCCCUUCGUCCCUUGCUUCCCUCCUACUCAACCUCAACACCUCUGCCAUGUCCAGCAUCUCCGCCACCAUCAACGGCAGCGCCAGGCUCGUCGACCCCGGCACCGAUGAGGAGCGCUUCUACCGCGGCGUGCACCUGGACAACAACACCUUCGAGGAGGCAGGAGGGGCCACGGGCGCCGGCGGGUCCGGCUUCGGUGGUAGCGUGGAGGAGGACGGCGGGAGGGGUUGCUUCGUAGCCGGCGAGGAGGUGCGAGUGAUUGUGGUGGACGUAAGAGACGUGAGAAUCAGCGAUUGGAAGGGCAAUGUCAAGGACUGGGUGCUCGUCUCGUCGGGUGCCGCACAGGAGCCAGUGCUGAACGGGGUGAGCUACGUCGAGAAGGAACAGGAAGUCUGAC